AUGGUACUUGGGAGCGUUUCACGAGGAGGCAUUUCCGGAUACUGGUCCCAAGCUUCUUGGCCCACGAAUGAUGCUCGACUUUGCGCCACAUAUAUAUCCGACGACAACCUGACCUUUCUUUGGCUCGACGUCGACUACUUGAAUGAGCUGGCCAUGAAACGCAAGACGGACGGAGAGAAGAGGGAUGCUCCUUUGGCGACUCAUACCGCAUGA